AUGUCGCUCUCACGCUCGCCUUCGCCCAAACGAGGCGGUGGCUGGGCCAGUCCCGGACUCAAUGCCAACUUCGCUCAGAGCAGAAGCUCCACCCCCGUCACGUCCUACAGCCAGAACCACUCGGUCACCUGGGCCUCCGCCCAAGCACGAAGCCACCAAGUCAACGGAUACCCAGCAUAUCAAGAUACCGGCUCAGGCUUCUUGACCAAGCACAUGCGCAACAUCUCGGCGAGCCUGCCCUUCUUCAACAACGCCCCCAAAGACGAGCGUCAGGCCGAGAAGGAGAAGAUGAACAGAGCCAGAUGGUCCCCUGCACGACGAGGCUAUCUUGCAAACUUCAAGUCGAUGCUUGGUCACCAUAUGCAGAGAUCAAAAUCUCGUUUCAUUCUGGUACUGGUCCUUGUCUUGCUUAUCAUUUGUUUCUACACCACCCCAUUACAUUAUUGGUACAAGAAGAGUUCAUGGCUGGGCGGCGGCAGCAAGUUUGUCGUCAUCCUUGCAGCCAACAUGGGAGGAGGUGUCAUGGAAUGGAAGGGGCCUCGCGAGUGGGCCAUUGAGCGCGAUAGUGUGCGCAACAAGAAAAACUACGUGCACCGAUGGGGCUAUGAAUUGGAGAUUGUCGAUAUGAGCACAAAGAAACGCUAUGCGCACGAGUGGAGAGAGAGCUGGGAGAAAGUCGACACAAUUCGCAACGCCAUGCGCAAAUACCCUCACGCCGAGUGGUUCUGGUGGCUGGAUCUCAACACAUUCAUCAUGGAACCAUCGUACUCGCUGCAGCAGCAUAUUUUCAAUAACCUCAACGACAACGUCUACCGCGACAUCAACGACUACAACCCUCUCAACAUCUCGCACCCUCUGACGGGAGCCCAUCUCGAUCCCGAAAGUCUCUCGCCCGUCGGAGACGGCAAGGCCGACUCGAUCAACCUGAUUGUGCCCCAGGACUGCGGUGGCUUCAACCUGGGUUCCUUCUUCGUCAAGCGCUCGGCGUGGACGGAUCGUCUGCUCGACAUAUGGUGGGAUCCUGUGGGCUACGAGCAAAAGCACAUGGAAUGGGAACACAAGGAGCAAGACGCGCUGGAAUACAUGUACACCAACCAGCCGUGGGUGCGACCACACCUUGCCUUUAUCCCGCAACGCAAGGUCAACAGCUUCCCACCUGGCGCCUGUGGAGACAACGGCGAAGACAUGAACAUCCACUAUCACGAGCACGACCGUGACUUUGUCGUCAACAUGGCAGGUUGCGAGUGGGGCAGAGACUGCUGGGGAGAAAUGUACAACUACCGACAAUUGAGCAACAGGCUCAACCGCAACAACUGGGAGAAGUUCAAGGACGGAGUGUCGGGAGCCUUCUCAUUCCUCAAGACCAAGAAGAAGGAGAUUACGGGAACGGAGAAGGACAAUGAGGACAAGGAGAAGAAGGAGUCAUGA